AUUCAACUCUAAAUAAAGUUAUUAGCGUUUAACAUUUCACGUCGUUCCAAACCUUCAGUCUCGCAUUCACUCUUACUUUUCCUUUUCCUUUUACUUUUGCUUUUACUUUUACUCUUAUUUGUAAACAAAUAAACAUUGAACUAUAUAAAUCAUCAUUCAUCUCUUCACUCCGAAUACAAACACACCCACAACCCAGACUCAUUAUUAACCAUCAUUUAUGAUAUAAACAUCAUGCCUCCUCGUGGUUCAUCCGCUACUGGCGGAAGAGGUGCAAGGGGUGGUGGACGGGGUGGAAGAGGAAGAGGUGCAGCCAGAGGUGCUAUUUCGAGUGUCGAAAGUGCCACUCCUCAGGUUGAGGCAGAUACACAGCCCACCCAAAUUCCAUCACAAGCCCCACCCCCCGCUGAUGGAGGUGACGCAUCGAUGCAAGAUGCGCCAUCAAAUCCAUCACCAGCACAAAGCCCAGCUGUAUCUAUCCCUUCCAGUGCCAGGCAGUCUAUGACACCUAGUGCUACGUCCUCACGCGCUACUGGCAGAUUCAGACCUAAGAACGUUCGACGUGAUGCCGCAGAGCGAGCAAGACUAGAGGAAGAGAGAAACCGAGAUCUAGCCAUGAAGAUUAAAGAAGAGGAAAAAGAACUACGAGCGGAGGAACGAAGGGCACAACGAGGCCGAGGUCGAGGAAGAGGAGAUAGAGGCCAGCGCGGAUUCAUGCGGCGAACUGUCAUGGCAUCUGGCCCCUUCUCGUCGAUUGAUCAAACAAACGUUAAAGGAGUUGGUAGAGGAUCAGGAGGAGGAGGAGGAAGAGGAGGCGAAGGCGGCUCUUCCUCAAAGGCCCAUUUCCCUCCCGAUUUUAACUCUUCCAGAUAUCGACCUAGGCGGGAUCAUGAAGAACGAGUUAAUAUUGAUCUUCUUAAUGAACUUGACCCAUCUAAUGAAGACGAAACAUCUCGUCAACCAUCUCGCUUCUCGCAAAAGUCGUUCGGCAGUCUUCCAGUUGGCCUUCCCCGAACGCUUCACGAAGAUGACGAAGUGAAAGUUAAGACCACGGCAGAGCUUGAAGCAGAGGAACGCCAAUCAUCCGACGAUGAAGACAUGUUCAUAUCCCGGGCAGCUAAGGACUUACUACAUAUUGGAUCGGACCAGGACGGGGAUAGUUGGCACGCGGCCCCUAGGAGUGAGGGUGGAGUUAAGGAUGAGCCCGGCACGGGAUCAGAUAUGAUGGAUAUAGACAUGGCCGACAUACCGGAAGCUGUUAAGCAACCAUCUUCUCCAGAAGUCAAGAAGGCGACCAUCAGUAACGAGGAUAGUGUCGCUAUCGCACAACAGAGACGCAAAGAAAAAGCGGCUAAGGAUCCUGAGAUUUUGCAGACCGUAUACGACUUGGAAGCUCAGCUACAAGAACUUAGCUUCCGUCCCCGCGCUGAAACAGAGGAGGAGGGCAACACAGACAAGGCAGAUAAGGCACAAGAGAAAGACGAUGUGAUGUACCUCUUCCAACUACCACCUAUUCUCCCACCACUAGUCAACCCUUUCGAGGAAUUAGCCGAGGAGGUAGGGCAGAACGGUAACUCGAACACUCGCAACAAGAUGAAGACCGAGGAUGGCGCCGAGAAGGAGAAGAAGGCGUACAAUCCUUUUGGAACCCUUCCGCCCGAGGGCGGUCUCAUCGGCAAACUAAACGUGCGCCAGUCGGGUAAAAUAGAGAUGGACUGGGGCGGCACGCCCAUGACUAUCGGUAUGGGAGCGGACACCGGAUACCAGAUGUCGGCCAUGGUGAUCGAGCAGAAUAUCGACCUCCAGAACCCAGAAGCCAGCACCGGCACCGCCUACGGUAUGGGCGAUGUGGUCCGCAAGUUCGUUGUGGUUCCGGUGUGGGACGAGGAGGAGGAUUGGGAUCCUAGCCUUGAUGGCAUCGACGGCCUGGACGAAUGAUAUCAAUAAUGAGUAUUAUUUAGGAUAUUAUCCUGUACAUUGGGCGUUAGUUUGUUCCUGGGCGCUAUGAUGCUGUUACUAGAACUAUUCACGAAAAAGUUGGACUGUGAAUGAACCUCACCUGCUAGGUAAGGUAGGGUCAAUGUACAUGGGAUAACGUUUCCAAGGUUGGCAAAGCUCUCGUUAGGUGGCCUUCGGCUUUAGGUGGCAUAGAACGAGAUACAUACUCGGAUAAUCUUGAAGUUUACCUAACUACCUACCUGGU